AUGGAGCCGGAGGAUCAAGAGGGAAGGGAGCCAAGAGACUCCCAGGAGCCCACCCGGGAUGGGAUCCCCAGGGAAGCUGGUAGGGUGGAGGGGCCAGGAGUCUCUGAAGAUGUAGAUGUGGCGAGGGCCUCUGAGGAGGCAAGACAGGUAGAGGGGCCUGAAGUCUCCCUGGCUGUAGACAUGUCGAGGGUCCCCGAGAGGGCAAGAAGGGUGGAAAGACCUGGAGUCUCCAGGGAUGAGAGCAUAGUGAGGAUCUCUGAGGAUUAUCAGGUGGAAAUCCUGGAGGAGGGAGGAAAAAGAAUGGAUCUGCUGAGCGUCCAGGAGCCAGAAACUGGGGAUGAGUCUUGGCUGUCCCGAGAUACCAGCGAAAUUGGGGUCUCUAAGAUCAAAGUGCCAGGAAAGUCGAAAGGGAAGCAGAGGAUUCGCCAGCGUGAACUGGUGCAGCCGCAGAGUCAAGAAAGUUAUUCAGGCCAGGGUAUCCAGGAUGAGGGCAAGUACUUAGAGUCCUAUAUGGAGGGGACAGUGCAGCGCUAUCGUUCACGGACAGUGAAGCACAAAGGCUUAACUGACAGUCUGCUGGACCGCCGCAGUAGUCAGGGCAAGUACCGCCUGGAAAGGAAGCCUAGCCUGAGGAUCCUUGCUGAAUCUUUGGCUUCCCGCCGCUCGUCCUUGGCACCUCACACGUCCCUGGCUACUGGCUCAUCCCAGGCUGCUCCCAAGUCAUCUCUAGCUUCCCGGAUGUCUCCCCGGGUGUCCGUGGGUCUGGACUCACCCUUUUCUAGCACCUUAAGGGGUGAAAGCUCCAGCUGUGUACAGGUGCCAGACAUGCAAUACCGGCGGCCUACCAUCCGCUUCAGCCUCCGCCCCAAGGCAUCUCGCCGCCUGUCACAGCGGUCUGACACCCCCUGCGUCUCGCUCAUCAGUGCCUUCAACGAGCUGGCAAAGAUGGGCGACCCGGACCUGCUGGAGAUGGUGGAGGAGGAAGGUGUGGGUCUCUGUCCCGGGAACGUUCGCAGCGCGGCUAGUCCGCGCUGCGCUUGCCAGAAGGUGGGUAACAUUCUACGCCCCGCGAUGUCCCCGGAUGCACCUGCGCACCCGGGACCUGCAACCUGCUUAAGAGCCAAAGAAAUAGACAAUGCUUUCCAAAUGAGUGAGCGUAUGGGCACCAGAGACACCAGCUCUCUAAUCUCUAGAGAGCCAGAGCCAUCGAAUCGAUUCAAUUUGUUCCUGCGGAGGCGUCUUAUGUUCCAGAGAAGUGAACAAAGCAAAGAUUCGAUCUUCUUCCGAGAUGGAACUAGGCAGAUCGACUUUGUCCUUUCCUAUGUGGAAGAUACGAAAAAAGACUCAGAACUAAAGGCAGAAAGAAGACGUGAGUUUGAACAAAAUCUCAGAAAAACAGGUCUGGAGUUGGAAAUCGAAGACAAAUCGAACUCUGAAGAUGGAAAAACCUUUUUUGUGAAGAUCCAUGCCCCAUGGGAGGUCCUACUCACUUAUGCUGAAGUGCUGGGAAUCAAGAUGCCUAUUAAGUUGAGCGACAUCCCAAGGCCAAAUUACCUACCCCUGAGUUACAUGCUCGGGCCAGUGAAGCUCCCAGCCACUGUGAAGUACCCUCACCCUGAGUAUUUCACUGCCCAGUUCAGCAGACCCCGUCAGGAGCUCUUCCUCAUUGAAGACGAGGCCACUUUCUUUCCAUCCUCAACAAGAAACAGAAUUGUUUACUAUAUUCUGUCACGAUGCCCUUUUGGAGUAGAAGAGGGGAAGAAAAAGAUUGGGAUUGAAAGACUGCUAAACUCGAGCACUUACUUAUCUGCCUACCCACUCCAUGAUGGCCAGUAUUGGAAGCCAUCAAAAUCUCCUACUCACAUUAAUGAGAGAUACAUCCUUCGCCAGAACUGGGCUCGGUUUUCCUACUUUUACAAGGAACAACCUUUAGAUUUGAUUCGGGAUUAUUAUGGAGAAAAAAUCGGAAUCUAUUUUGUGUUUCUUGGGUAUUACACAGAAAUGCUGUUGAUUGCGGCUCUUGUUGGCUUAGCCUGUUUCAUCUAUGGCUUGUUAUCAAUGGAAAAUAACCAAACUAGCAUGGAAAUCUGUGACCCUAACAUCGGAGGUCAGAUGAUCAUGUGUCCACUUUGUGAUGAAGUGUGCGAUUACUGGAGACUGAACACUACGUGCUUGCAUUCAAAGUUCUCCCAUCUGUUUGAUAAUGAGUCAACCGUGUUCUUUGCAAUCUUCAUGGGGAUCUGGGUCACACUGUUUCUGGAGUUCUGGAAACAGCGACAAGCCAGGCUUGAGUAUGAGUGGGAUCUGGUGGACUUUGAAGAAGAACAGCAGCAGCUCCAGCUGCGGCCUGAGUUUGAAGCCAUGUGUAAACUGAAGAAGAUGAAUCCUGUGACGAAGGAGAUGGAGCCAUACAUGCCUCUGUGCCAUCGCAUACCAUGGUACUUUGUGUCAGGGACCACAGUGACCUUUGGGAUGGGUCUCCUCCUCAGCAGCAUGGUGUCCAUCAUUGUGUAUCGCCUGUCAGUCUUUGCCACCUUUGCCAGCUUCAUGGAGAGUGAAGCCACCUUACAGAAUGUAAAGAGCUUCUUCACCCCCCAGCUGGCCACCAAUCUCUCUGGAUCAUGUCUGAAUUGUAUUGCCAUCUUGAUCUUGAAUUUUUUUUAUGAGAGGAUAUCUGCCUGGAUUACAAAAAUGGAAAUCCCUCGAACUUACCAGGAGUAUGAGAGCAGUCUCACUCUGAAGAUGUUUCUCUUCCAGUUUGUGAACUAUUACUCAGCUUGCUUUUACGUGGCCUUCUUUAAAGGGAAGCUCGUGGGCUAUCCUGGGAAGUACACAUAUAUGUUUAACUUAUGGAGAAGUGAAGAGUGUGAUCCUGCAGGUUGUCUGGUAGAGCUGACAACCCAGCUAACUAUCAUCAUGAUUGCGAAACAACUUUUUGGAAACAUCCAUGAAGCCUUCCAACCCUUAAUUUUUAAUUGGUGGAGACGCCGAAAAUCCCGAACCAACUCUGAGAAACUAUACAGUCGCUGGGAGCAAGAUAAUGACCUUCAGGUUUUUGGACAACUUGGGCUAUUCUAUGAGUACUUGGAAACAGUUAUCCAGUUCGGGUUUGUCACGCUGUUUGUGGCCUCCUUUCCCUUGGCCCCCCUAUUCGCUCUCAUAAACAACAUUAUGGAAAUCCGAGUGGACGCCUGGAAGCUGACAACUCAGUACAGGAGACCUGUAGCUGCGAAAGCUCACUCAAUAGGUAUCUGGCAGGACAUUCUCUAUGGAAUGGCCAUUGUCUCUGUUGCAACUAAUGCCUUCAUUGUUGCGUUCACAUCUGACAUCAUCCCACGGUUAGUUUACUUCUAUGCUUACUCAAAGAAUUCCACGGAGCCCUUGAGUGGAUAUGUCAAUAACAGCCUGUCAGUGUUCCUGAUAGAUGACUUCCCCAACCACACAGUACCCAUGGGGAAAAAAGACUUCAUCACUUGCAGGUACAGAGAUUACAGGAACCCUCCUGAUCAUGAGAACAAGUAUGUCCAUAACAUGCAGUUCUGGCAUGUCCUUGCGGCCAAGAUGACCUUCAUCAUAGUAAUGGAACACAUCGUGUUUCUGUUUAAAUUCUUAUUGGCCUGGAUGAUACCGGAUGUCCCAAAAGAUGUCAUAGAGAAAAUCAAACGAGAAAAGUUAAUGACUGUCAAAAUUAUUCAUGACUUUGAGCUCAACAAGUUGAAAGAAAACUUGGAUUAUGAAUAUAGUAACUUUAUUAGGAAUGACACAGUGGAAGACAACGGAACCCUGAGCAACAAAACCUCCAUCUAA